AUGGACAAAAAAUCAAGGGAGCCGCCGGCAGCAGCAAAAACGAGGAGACAUCGCCAAUCUAAAAACGAACCACCGGUUUUUUCUUAAUUUGUGGAAAAUAAUGAAAAGCUCAAUAUUCAGGGCAAGCAGGAUUCAACGACCAGCACCACGGCCAAGAGAACAUUGAAACAACAUAAGAAAAAAUGUAACUCCCAAGAUUUUUGAAGUUCUAUGAUCGGCUCCAUCCUGCGCAAAGUUCAGAAAAAUAAAAAGCUGGACAGAGAUCCGAGCAGUCAGAAAUGAUUUCGUUGAAGAGGUUGAGAAAAGCUUCGAAACUAGAAAAAAUCAUCAAUAUAGUCAAGUUUUCUCGACUUGAAAAGGAAGGCGGAACGCGUAGCGUGUGCGUACGCGGUUCUUGGCACGAGUUCAAUUCAGCCGCCAGCGACAAUUUGGAUAGCUCGUUUUUUGUUCUUUUUGUAUCUAUUAUACUACUUUUUUUUGCACAAAGGAAAUAAAAAAAUCAAGAACGAAUAAAAAAGUAAGGAAAAGAGCGCUAAACGAUCUCUCCAAAUAUUCGGUUGCGCUUGAAUUGAACUCGAGCCGCGUCUGCACACGUUACGCGUUCCGCCCUCUUCCCCGCCUCCCUUGCCUUUCAAGUCGGUAUGGAUUGGCUAUAAAUCUUUGUAUCACAAGUUUUGCUCAUUUUCUGUCUUUUCCUAAAUCCUUCAUUUACCUUUCAGCCACGGACAAUAGUCUGCAUACACAGAAGAAGACUCUGAGGAAGGUCCCCAGUUCCUGCAACGUCGGGCCGCCGACGGCCCAUUCUCCCGACAACGUUCAGCCGGCGACUUUCAACCCUGACGACCAGAAGAAGAACAACGCCGCCAGGGACUUUGUCGAGCACCUGGGUAAGUUCUUUGGGAAUAUUUCGACGUCUUCUACCUCUUUGCAGCUAUCGUGACUUAUAAGACGCAGUACGAGGACCUCAGGGCGAUCCAAGCUCCCCUGGAACAGUGCAAGAUCUGGGCAGCCAACAUGAACCGCAACCAAACUGAAGUGAAUUGUUGCGAACAUUUUUGCAUUGAAACAUCUUUAGAAGUAUCCUUGUUUCGACGCGAAUCGUGUUGUUCUUCAAAUGUGUAAACAAGACUAUAUCAACGCAACGGUUGUCAGUUUGGAAGGGGUCAGUGAAUUUUCGCUGGUAAAAAUGUCAACUUCUGAGAGAUCACUGUAACGAAAAAGGAUCAUCUUUUUUUUUAAUUGUCUGUUCACUCGGACCUCGGCAACGCGAUCCGGACGCGCCUAGGACGAUUGUGAGCAAUUUGAGGAUCACCUAAGAGUGCUAUAGCCUGUGUAUAGUCGAUGUGCCACGACUUGGAAUUUCACCAAACGACAUUCCGCUGUGCCGCUGCACGCUUUUGCAACCUUAGUCGCGCUUUUAUUUUUUUUUCUUUUAUCAAGGUACUCUACUUUCAUGUGCUCCCACAGCAAUGAAAAUCAAUUGAAAACGUGACCUAGAUUCGACGCUUCGCGAACGCACGCAGCGGAACAGCGGAAUGUCGUUCCGUGAAAUUUCAAGUCUUGACACACAGACUAUAAUGUCGCUAAAGUGGCCACUAUAAAUUUUCAGAAACGGUUUGCGUUACCAAGGUCCGAGCACAACUUUUCUUUAAAGCGCGAAAGUUAGGUCAUUUAUUUCAGCCACAAGGCUUCUCAAGCUUGAGAUAACAGAAAAUUGUCAUUUUCAGUUCUCUCCCUCGGUCAUCCUCACACAAGUCCCUGUUUUCAGCGAGCCGUCUGCUGUCGAAGAAUUCUGGCGGAUGAUUUUUCAUGUUAACUCGAUUUUUAUCGUUUUUCAUCCAUUCAGCCUUCUCAGGAACAAAUAACCGCAAUUCAUCUUUUGUGCAAAAGCGAGGAGACGCCUCUCCGCUUUGGCGAACUUUUCCCGUUGAACACUGGCGCCUACCAGUACUUUGGCAGUAUGUUCAUCAACAACCGCAAGGUCGACGAGUUUUUCGCUUCCUCGAAGAAAAAAACUUUUCCAGACUUCGAGAGAUAAUCCGGACAUUAUAAAAUAUUCGAUUGAAGUGCUCCCUGAAGGCUGUUCCAACGCCGUGAUGACUACGGUUUUUUCUAUUUUUUUUUGGGAACUUUAGGCGAUUGUUUGACAUAUUUGUCACAUGAUUUUGUCUCCAGGUUCACCACCAUGGUUAUUGGGACCCUCUUCUGGGUCCUUCCAACUUCAGACCUGCUCUCAUCACCGCCAACCAAAUUCACCACGGCUACGAAGUAAGACUUCCCUCGCAAUCAUUUUCCACAUUGAUUAUUGAAAUUCAGAAAACUGCAAUCGUGUCUCUGAACGGCGCCGGCAGAGCGGGAACCUUGUUGGCUCUGUCGGUCGCUUUGAAACAUUUGCAAGAUGGCGUAGAGCCAAACGUUUGUGCCUCCGAGAAUCUCAGAAAAAGCGGCUUUUGAGCUUUAGAUGAAAGAAAUCGUGCAACAGAUUCGGUUGAAACGACCGUUGGCCGUAGAUAGCAUGCAACAGUUUGGCUUCUUGUAUCUCGCAUUUUUGCAUCAUAUCAAGGUUCGGAAUUUCAAAUUUCUCAGGAUCGUACGGAAAGUAGCUAACGUGUAAAUAAUGUUGAGAUGCGCCGACGCGAAAAAAACAUUUGAUCAGUAAAAAUUCGAAAAAUGGCGAAACGUGUUGUCCAUAGAGCAACUUUACUGCAAAGCGCCCUUUUCGCGGGAACUCAAGCUUUCCUCUCUCCGACUUUGAAUUAUUUUUUCUUCAAAACUAGGAAGUUUGGUACAUUUCCAAGUUUACCGUUUGAUUCGCAAUCAAAAGCUCUACAAAGUACUGCUUUGAACUGAAACACCGUUUUUUACUGCCCCUAUGCCUUUAAAAAGCAAUCAUUAAUUUUGUACUCAAAUAUUUUUCCAGAGAAGAGUUCCGACUGACUUGCAAGAGAAGGUGAAGGAGUUCAAGCGACUCUGUUCUGAAGCCACUUCUGGAGAUUAA